AUGUCACACAAAAUGUUGCAAGUGCCGGCAGCAACAUUUAUAUUGCUGCUGCUGCUAGCUGCGACGGCAGCAACAACGGCAACAGCAACAGCAGCUUCUGCUGACAGUGACACAACAGCCAGCAGCAUCGCAGAGCGGCAAAUUGAUGGCAGUUUGAAGAAUGCCAAGCUGAUUGAGAGCAAAGUGCUGCCCGAUUUGGCUGGGCUGCAGUCCAAUCAGGAAGAUGACAAGUGGCAGCACAUUUACCGGUUUAUCAACGAUGGCUUUCCUGUUUUGGAACUCUACGGCUACAAGACCAAGACAGGUGAGUCCAUCAGCAUUUCCGGCUGGCCGGUCAUUUGUCACUGUCGGCACGUGGCGUUGCACUCCAACCGAGAGACAGGACUCAGUGGAGUCAUGUCCGUGCUGACGGUUACAUUACGCGCUCUCGCGUUGAUGAGUACAAUUUUCGGCUGCAACAUCUACAGGUUUAGGCCGCGCAGUUGCAAGUUCCAGCGGCGCAAUGGGCUGCAAAGUCUGAUCACACUAAUGCACUACCUCUGGCUGAGUCCGUGGAUAAUCUUAACUGGGAUUCUGUAUCUGCCUUGGUUUCUAAUGCGCCUGCUAACGUUCAUAUCGCAAAAUACUGAAGAUGACAGAGCUCUGGUAGUGAUGUACUUUUCGAGUGCUCUGCUCUGCAAGUAUCAGAAUUUGAUUGCUACCUUGUUGAUAUGGUAUAUCUACAAAUACCGCCUGAAGUGCGUUAACGGCUUUUCUGCAAUAUAUAAAAGAUAUUGGCGGCUCUAUGGCUGCGCACCGCGCAUCAAUUGGUGGCUCUUUGGGGUCUAUGUGUUCGAGUUGCUUAUGGUCGGUGGCUCGGUGAUAAAGCGAAAUUCCUUCAGUCGUAUACCCUAUAUAGUGCCUCACUCUCCCAUUGAUAAAUAUCUGAGUUGGUCUUCCGUGUUCUUCGUGGCUCUGCAGCCUUUUCUCCUGGGUCUCUUGGCCCACUUGGGCUUGCUGCUGCUGCACGCCUACUACGAGAAGGAGCUGCAAUUCAUGCAGCAGCAAAAACAUCGCAGCAAUAUCAUCGCUAAGGAGCAGGUGCAACACUAUGUGAAUUUGUUCCAUUUGAGGCAUCAUUUCGAAGUGCUCCUGCGCCCCUUUGUGUGGGUGGCGUUAAGCCAGCAAAUCAACGACUGCAUGAUUAGUUUGCAUUUGUUGCUCUAUGAUCAUCAUAGACUGUGUUUCCUGCUCUAUAGCCUAUGUGUGGCCCUGAUCUAUCCCAUGUGCUUUGUGUACCAGACAAUAUUCAUCAAGUCAGCGGAGAAACAACUUGGUAACGAAUUGCUUAGGUUCAAAAACAAUGGCAGCAAACAGCAGCAGAAAGUUUACAGCUUUUCGCUGAGUGCAGCUCCUAAUACCAGUUUGUUUGCGGUCAAAAAGUGCACUCAUGCGAAAUUUAUCAGAGAGUCGGAAAAAAAACAAAAAAUAAAAAAAAAAAAGUUUUUGUGGCCUGAACUUCUGUGCUCAGUCACUAACAUGCCACCACGUGCUCCACUCUAUUGCAGCCGCUACAAUGACCCACAGCCGCUGGAAGAGCCAAACAUAACGAAUGCACAUGCCAAAGUGGAGCCCAUUAUUAAGGAAUCAAAGGCGAGUCCAUUGAUGUCAUUUUUGGCCAACAUGAAAACGGGCACAAAAGUGUUCCAGCACUUUCUAUCGAAAUCCAAUCUGACACGCAUUAUGGAUGAUAAUGCCUAUACGGUGCUUAUACCGUCGGACAAUGCCUUUCAGCGCUGGCAUCCCAUCGAUUGGGGCUUCUAUCCAUUCAGUGUGCCGGAGUUCACAGAGAGCGUAUUGCGUAAUCAUUUCCUGCCCAUGCAGCGGCCCCUACGCCUCUCCGACGUCAAGAACAUGGACCAAAUGGUUGUCCAUACUAUGGGUGGCGAGAAUGUCGUCUUCCAUGGCCAGCCCACGCCCACUGUGAAUAAUGUGAGCAUUAUGUCUGAUUAUACGCUAUCCAAUGGCAAUCAGGUGUUCAUUAUAUCCGAGGUGUUAUUUGUCUCCGAGGCUGUGGUUUCCAAAUUGCAUCAGAUGCACAAGGAUAAGGAGACACCGCCGCUAUUGGCAUUCCCGUGGUUCGGCGCACAAUUUCUAUCGCACUCGUUUCUGGCCUUGGAACGUGAUUCGAGAUUCACGCAAAUUACAAGAUAUCUGAACAAUGCGGAAAUAGCGCCCCAUAUCUCCGGCGCAAAUUAUACGUUCUUCGUGCCUGAGGACAAGGCAUUCGAGAAAAUAGGAUUCGACAGACUCUCCGAUGAUGUUAUGGCCUCGCAGCGUGGAAUUAAAAUGCUACUGAAUCACUUUGUGCGCGGACGUCUGUACAAUCGGGACUUGAGGGAUAAUGAGGUGUUCGAAACAAUUGGCGGGGGUCAUCUGAAGAUCACACGCAAUCCGGGCAGCAAUUAUACGAGCGUGAACAAUGCACAGAUUACGGAGAGCGAGGUGUUUGUCUAUAAUCUGGGCACCAUGUACUAUAUAGACGACAUACUCUAUUCACAUAUGCUGCGCGAUCAUAUUACCAAAUCGACCAAAACGAGAUCGGAUCGAAAUGGCGGCGAGGCCGGCGGAGGAUCACGGAGCACCAUGCGACCCAGCGAUGUGGAGAUUGUGCCCAACGAAUUCGAGAGCGAGCACAAUGGCGGCGACUAUGCCAUCCAUGGCGACGACGAAGACUUUGAGGAUGAGAUAAUAACGCCAAAAGCGUUGCCCGUCCAAAUCUACGAAUUGCCCAAAUAGAUUGAGUUCGAUUUGGAUUGAGUGCUGCGCUAAUCUGAAGCAUAUAUAUACAUACAUAUAUCAUUUGAUCUGAGUGGGAUUCUUUGCUAUAACAUAUAUAUAUAUGAUUAUGUGGGUGUGUCGACGCAGUGCGAGCGUUUUUGUAUAGUUCUCAGCUAACUUUUUGUAACGUA